CAAAGUCCAAAACUAAAUUCGGCCAUAUCAGUUAGCUUGACUAUUGGUUCGUUCUUGACUCGUGGCGCGUUCUUCUCUUCCAGUUUUGGAGAUAGUGUUAAUCAUAUUAGUUUCAGCCAGACACAGAAGAAGCAAGAACCAAACUCUUUGAUAUUUUUACUGUUUCACAAUUAAAACAUAGGAAGCUUCGAAGUUUUUCGUUUCUUGCAAUGUCUCACACCUUGCAAUUUUCAUUCUCUUCAAGUGCAUUCAAUUCUUCAAUGAAGGUGGAGAAGAUGAAGAUAAAGAGACUUAGAAUUCGUUGCUUUCGUGUUCUAUGCUCUUCUGAGCGCUCCAGUUUCGAAGAUAAUGCUGAUAAUGCGGGAGGUCAGGUUUCAUCUCGGGUGAUCUUGGUGGAGAGAUAUAGCAAUGGUACUGCGAAGAGAUAUGUAUUAGGUGAUGAUUCGCAAUUGCAAACUUUUCUUGUUGACGAUGGAAGGUCUACUAGGCCAAACAGGUUUCAGGAUUCCCAUUCCUCUGAUGAAAGACUAUCGUGGCUUCCAGACACAAUCAAAGAUUUUAUCCUACCAGCAGGCUUUCCAGGAUCAGUUUCAGAUGAUUACUUGCAUUACAUGUUACUACAGUUCCCUACCAAUGUGACUGGAUGGAUCUGUCACACCCUUGUAACUUCGAGUCUUCUAAAGGCUGUUGGUGUUGGCUCUUUCUCUGGAAGCACAGCGGCUGCUUCUGCUGCUGCCAUCAGAUGGGUCUCAAAGGAUGGCAUUGGAGCCGUAGGACGCUUAUUCAUUGGUGGGAGGUUUGGAAGUCUUUUUGAUGAUGACCCCAAGCAAUGGAGAAUGUACGCAGACUUCAUUGGCAGUGCUGGAAGCAUUUUUGAUCUGACAACCCAACUAUAUCCUGGCUAUUUCCUUCCUUUGGCAUCUCUUGGAAAUCUUACCAAGGCUGUAGCAAGAGGACUAAAAGAUCCCUCUUUUCGCGUGAUUCAAAACCACUUUGCAAUUUCAGGAAAUGUAGGAGAAGUAGCAGCAAAGGAAGAAGUUUGGGAAGUGGUUGCUCAACUGGUUGGCCUUGCUUUAGGCAUUUUGAUUCUGGAUACACCUGGCCUUGUAAAAUCAUAUGGUGUACUUUCGUUAACUUGGUUGAGUAUGCGAGUUCUGCAUCUUUGGCUACGCUAUGAAUCACUUUCAGUUCUUCAGUUUAACACAAUAAAUCUAAAGCGUGCUCGCAUACUGAUAAAAUCAUACAUGUUACAUUCUACUGUUCCAGGAUGCACAGAUUGCAACAGAGAAGAGAAUAUAUUAAUUUGGCCACAGUUCAUGAAGCCAAAAAUAAUUUUUGGCUUGCCAUUGGAGAAAAUGGACGGUGUGGAGAGAUCUCACUUUAUGGUGGAGGCACUUCUGAAGUUAUAUGCAAGUGAGAAAUAUAUUCUCAUGGUGAAUCAGCAACCAGAAGAUUUGAGGUUUUAUGUUUCUUUCAAGGUUGGAGCCACAAGUGUUUCAGUAUUACGAAGUGUAUGGCAGACUUUCUGGUUGAGUGAGAACUGGGAUAGUGAUGUUAAUAUUUGUGAUCAAAUAGCUAACAGCCUAAUGGAAUUGGAAGAAAGGUUUGAGGAUUUCAUUCAAAAGUUGAAAGAUGCAGAAUGGGACACUCAGCAAUUAAAUUUGAAGGUUCCAAAAAACCUCUUUAUUGAUGAUGGUAAUACCAAUCCCCUCUAAAUUCUAAAUUGAUGAAGCUGAGGAUGUUCUAUAAUGCAAAAUCAUAUGACCAUCAUGAGGUCCUUCUUUAGAGUGGAGGCAUAAAUGAAAUUGUAGAUUUUGUAAGCAGUUUUGCAAGCAUUCAGAUCAAGAUAGUAUAUUCACACGCAGACAUUCAACUAAGGUGGACACAGUAUUUAUGUUGGCCAAUUGGCUUGUAUUAACUCAUUGAAUACCAAAUACCCUCUUUGAUACUUCAUAGGGAGGCUCCUGUUGUAAACCGUUUGUUCUCAAUUUUGUUUAAAAUAUUUCUUGUA